ACUGUGGAUGAAGUCCUGGUCCAUGAUAAGAUUAUGGUCCUUCAGUUCUGCCUGUGGAUGCUGCAAUUUCUUCCUGCAUGGUCACCAACUGUACAUGCUAAGUACAGUAGCCCUCCUGAAGUAGUGAUACCCGUGAGGGUCACUGAUCCUGGGAGACAUAAUAGUUCUCUAGGGUGGCUGUCCUAUGGCCUGCGCUUUGGAGGAGAGAGACACAUUCUCACCAUGAAACCCAUGACAAACUUAAUAUCCAGAAACUUCCUACUGUUCACGUACACUGACCAAGGUGAUCUCCUUGCAGAGCAGCCUUUUGUGAAGAAUGACUGCUACUACCACGGCUAUGUGGACAGAGACCCAGAAUCCAUGGUCAUUAUUAAUACCUGUUUGGGGAGUUUGCAAGGCAUGUUUGAGAUAAAUGGCACAGCUUAUGAAAUUGUCCCCAAGAGCUCGACUUCAACAUUUGAACACCUGACUUACAAAAUGGACAGCGAAGGCUCAGAAUCAUUUCCCAUGAGAUGUGCGUUAACAGAAGAGGAAAGUUCACGACAAAGGAAACUUCAAGAAAAUAAUGAUGAUUCUCUUAUGCAAAGCCAAUAUGAGAACUGGUGGACCCACCACAAAUAUCUUGAAUAUUAUGUGGUGAUAGAUAAUAAACAAUAUGUUCAUAGAAACCAUAAUACCACAGCUUGUAUUCAUGAUAUUUUGCAAAUGAUCAAUGGAAUAAAUGGUUAUUAUCUUCAAAUAGAUAUUGAAGUUAUUUUAACCACACUUCAAGUGUGGAGUAAACAAAAUCAUGUUGAUGUAGAAGGAGAUAUUUAUAAUGUCCUAGACAAUUUCUGCAACUGGAAGAAUAAAAACAUUGGCAAUCAAAUUAGGCAUGAUAUCAUACAUCUUUUUCCCAGGCAAGGGUAUGAUAUGUAUUUAGGGCUAGCUCAUGUAGGUACAGUUUGUAGAGCUGAUAAUUGUGCUGUUAACAGUUUCAUGUCUGAUUCAACGGCAGACAUGGCAUUCAUCAUCGCACAUGAGAUGGGUCACAAUUUGGGUAUGCUUCAUGAUGACAGUGAAUGCACUUGUGGGAGACUAAGCUGCAUAAUGGCCCCAGCAAAAUCCAAUUCCAAUAAAUUCAGCAACUGCAGUUAUGAGCAGCUCUAUGAAACGAUUACCAGAAGAACCUGUUUAUACAACAUUCCAGAUGAAGUCGUCAGCACAAACCUGACCUGGUGCGGGAACAGUCUGGUGGAGGAAGGAGAGCAGUGUGACUGUGGCUCCUCUGAAGCCUGUAAAAGAGAUCCAUGUUGUAGUGACGACUGUGUUUUCAAACGUGGUGCUGAGUGCGCUUUUGGACUUUGUUGUAGAAGUUGCAAGUUCAUACCAGCAGGCACCAUGUGUAGAAGACAAAACAAUGAAUGUGACCUUCCAGAGUGGUGCAAUGGAACUUCAGCUGAGUGUCCAGAAGACAUGUACGUAGCAGAUGGAAAUCUUUGCCAUGACGGUGGUUAUUGCUAUAAAAGGGCAUGUCACAAACAUGAGGCACACUGUCAGAUGAUUUUUGGCAAGGGAGCCAGGAGUGCAAAUGAUACUUGCUACAUGGAAAUGAACAAACGGGGUGACCGUUUUGGUAACUGUGGUAACAAUAGCUAUAACUACAUACGAUGUAAUAGCAGUGAUGUACUCUGUGGACGAAUUCAGUGUGAGAACGUGAUGGAGCUUCCCCGGAGGAGAAAACAUGAAACAGUGCAUUGGACUCGCUUCAAUAAUGCUACCUGCUGGACUGUGGACUAUCAUUUUGGAAUAACCAUAGCUGACAUCGGAGCAGUGAGAGAUGGCACGCCCUGUGGUCCCAACCAUAUGUGCAUUGACAGGAAGUGUGUCAAUAAGUCUGUUUUGUUAAGUAACUGUUCAGCAUUCCGAUGCAAUCUGAAAGGAGUGUGUAACAAUAAAUAUCACUGCCAUUGUGAUGUCGACUGGGAGCCACCAGACUGUCUCCAAAAUGGCUUUGGAGGUAGUAUAGACAGUGGGCCUCCUCCACGGAGAUUAACAAAUUCCAACUGGGGUAAAUAUUCGCUAGCUUUUUUACUUCUUUUUGUGGUUGUGUUACUUUCUAUAACUGGCAUAAUUAGAAGGGUGCAAUAUUCCUUAAACUGA